UUUUUUUUUAUGUAUGUGAGUACACUGUUGCUCUCUUCAAAGACACCAGAAGAGGGCAUUGGAUUGCAUUGCAGAUGGUCAUGAGCCACCAUGUGGGUGCUGGGAUUUGAACUCAGGACCUCUGGAAGAGCAGUCAGUGCUCUUAACCGAUGAGCCAUCUCUCCAGUCCAGGAGCCUACUCUUAACCAGCAUCUUGGUGACAUCUUUUGAUCUUGAUGAAUCAGUCUGACUCUCUUAGGCUUGAAAGUCUCUUACAGGAUAGACUAACUAGUUCUUUCCUGUUUAUGAUUAAACCUCUGUUUCUCAAGGAUUGGGCUAUGCCCCACCUGUAACCUUAAGUACAAAUGAUUCUGUACUGCCUGUUCCAGGAAACCUCAACCAUGUCUUGGUUUUAAAAGGAUAUUACAAUCAUUUUGCAGCCCUGCCUUUGUUUCAAAAGGUUGUUAGGCUACCAUUUUAGGAACACCUUGCAAUAUCGUCCUUGCUUCAGGAGGUCAAUAAUAUGCUUAUAUUUUGCUCCUGUAACCCCAACUAUUUUGCUGGCCAAAUCCACCAUUUAUAUCCCCAAGGCAUAAAAACCUUGUCUUCCUCACAUCCAGUACUGACUUCUAGAACUCAAACUUAUUGGGGAGGUAGCUUGUGUACUCAGAUUAAAAAAGCUUGCGUAAUUACUAGUUUUAAUUACUUUGGCCAUGAUGAUUUGGGGUCAGUGGUCUUUCUCCUUGUACCUUUGGGAUUAACACUCUAAACUUUAGAGUGCUGUCCUUCCAAAGGUGGAGCCCUCCGUAGUUCGAGGACUCCUCUUAGAGUCUAAAGACUUUCCAACUUCCUUAAUACCCUGCCUGGAUGCUGGGAAGAAUUUCUGGGACCAUGGGCAUUCUGAUUGGCCCUUGGUUUGAAAGAAAAUCCCAGGAACCCUAAUAAAUUCCCCUAGGACUGCAAGAAGGUUCUGGAACCCUAAGUCAGGAGGCUCUUCUAAAGGAAUAAUAGAAAUGAAAUACGAAAAUAGAAAAAUCUCCCAAAGAAACCCAUUAAACUUGGGGGAAGGAGGGGAAGAGACAGGAGUUGACAGAGAGGAAGAAUGAGAAUCUAAUGGGCCAGGAGGAUCAAGAGAACUCAUGACCUUCAAAGGAGCGGGGGAUCACAAGAGCACCAUAAGGAUAUUCGGAGAGGGGCAGCAGUCACGGGAAGUUUUGAACGAACUUGGGAGUUCUGCAAGUUCUUCUGAGCCUCCAAAGUGCCAGGGGCUGAAAGGAACCACGGUCCAGCAAGGAGAAGUCUCACGAGAACCACGGGAGAUAUGGGGCUUUAGUGACCACCCUUUCCUGAAGGGUUCUGGAAAAACACUACAGCGGGGUUCAGGACCGGCCAUGGCGGACUCGAAGUUACUAGCACCAGAGCUAAGCGACGCGGAGUCGAUGGGCGAAGAGACAGUGCGGUUUCAGGAGUUGCUGCUGAAGGCUUCCAAAGAGCUCCAGCAAGCCCAGACAGCCAGGCCAGAAUCUACACAGAUCCAGCCCAAGCCUGGUUUCUGCAUAAAGACCAACUCAUCGGAAGGAAAGGUUUUCAUCAACAUCUGCCACUCUCCCUCCAUCCCUCCCCCGGUGGACGUGACUGAGGACGAACUGCUUCAGAUGCUGGAGGAGGACCAAGCUGGCUUCCGAAUCCCCAUGAGCCUGGGAGAACCACAUGCUGAGCUGGAUGCAAAAGGCCAGGGCUGUACUGCCUAUGACGUCGCUGUCAAUAGCAACUUCUACCUGAGGAUGCAGAACAGUGAUUUCCUGAGGGAACUAGUGGUCACCAUUGCCAGGGAGGGCCUUGAAGACAAGUAUGGCCUACAACUAAACCCCGAAUGGCGCAUGCUGAAGUACCGGUCUUUCCUGGGCUCCAUCUCACAGCAGAGCAUCCGUUCCCAGCAGCGCCCUCGGAUCCAGGAGCUGGGGACCCUGGAUACCCAUGACUCACUCGGAACCCGGCAUGGCCCAGAGCGGCCUCACCUGAACCUCUGGUUGGAAGCCCCUGACCUCCUCUUGGCUGAAGUUGACCUUCCUAAACUGGAUGGAGCCCAGGGGCUGGCACUGGAGAUAGGAGAGAACCGCCUGGUGGUGGGAGGCCCCCAGCAACUGUAUCACCUUGAUGCCUGCAUCCCCCUGCGGAUCAACAGUGAGGCAAGCAGGGCUGCUUUUCACCACAGGAGAAAGCAACUGAUGGUGUCCAUGCCCCUCCUGUCAGCGUCCUCUUGACCAGAGUGCCCUGCAUUUCCAAAUGUGGAGAAGAUACUGGUGUCUUCUCUCAGUGAAAUAAACAGGUUUCCAGUUUUCUCCA